UUGUAUGUCAAAAUAUUUUUGUUUUGUUCAUCGUAUUUUUACUUUUUUCAAAGCUUAAUAUGUAAAAGAAUUAAUUAUUUCAUGAUUUUUAUUUAUUGAUUAUACAAGGUAAAUGUAGUUGUGUAGUUUAGAUGUCAUGUUUUGGAGGCAUAUUCUCCAUAGCUAUUGGUGGUAGUCAUGUCAGAGUGUGCGCUGGUAGCCAGUGUAAGCGAUCACGAUGCCAGUAUGGAUGUGGGUAACGACAAAUCCCUAUUCGAGCCUACUAUUGAUAUGAUGGUAAAUGAUUUUGACGACGAGAGAACAUUAGACGAAGAAGAAGCUUUGGCGGCAGGUGAGCAUCAAGACCCGAAGGCUGAAUUAAAUAGUCUACAGCGGGAAGGUGAUAUGCCUUUAGAGGAAUUACUUGCUUUAUACGGUUACAAUAGAAAUAUGGAUAAACCUAUUCCAGAGCAACCACCAGAGGUGGUGCCAGAGGAGAAUGAAAAGACGGAAUCGGCUUUGCAGCAGUUAUACAGUGACAACACUAGUCCUGAGGCCACACGGUGCCUCCGGUCAGGUUCCAGACCACCAUCUGAAGAAGAAGAUGACUAUGAUUAUAGUCCUGAUGAAGAUGAUUGGAAGAAAACGAUAAUGGUAGGUAGUGAUUAUCAAGCAGCUAUACCAGAAGGAUUGUGUAGCUAUGAUGAUGCUUUACCUUAUGAAAAUGAGGAUAAGCUACUGUGGAAUCCCAGUGUUCUUGAUGAAAAAGUGAUUGAGGACUAUAUGAAAAAAAAUUGUGCUAUAAAUUCAGGAACUGGCGUUGAUGCUGUACCCAAAGGUAAGCAAUUGCGGGAUGAUGAGGAAGCUUUAUUCCUACUACAGCAAUGUGGUCAUAAUGUAGAGGAAGCACUAAGAAGGCGAAGGAUUUCAGCCCAGACACCUGCUCAUGCAAGUGUGUGGUCAGAGGAAGAGUGUAGAAAUUUCGAAAAUGGCAUCAAAGUUCAUGGUAAAGAUUUCCAUUUAAUCCGCCAACAAAAGGUCAGAACAAGAUCAGUUGGAGAACUCGUACAAUUUUAUUAUAUUUGGAAAAAGACAGAGAGACAUGAUAUAUUUGCAAAUAAGACACGGUUAGAAAAGAAAAAGUAUACUUUGCACCCUGGUCAUACUGAUUACAUGGAUAGGUUUCUGGAAGAACAGGAAGCAUCAGGCACGAGUGUUGUUCGGCCUGUUUCGCCCACACCCAUGAUGAUGUAUGUGCCUUCACCAGCUGCUCAGCCUGAUCCUUUGGCCCUAGGAGAAAAGGAGGUGUUUUCCCAACUGAACCCUCACACAACACCCCCCAGGACCUUGUCCACUGAGGAACCAGAACCUGAUACAGUUUCCUAAUACAUGUACAUUUGGCUAUGCCAUUUUUCGUGUAGAAUGCACUGUUUAUGACAUAAUUGUUGUUAAAAACUUAGCUAUUCCUGUAUUCAUAAUUGUUUUAAUGUUGACGAGGUUUUCAAACAUGAUGCCCUAGUUUUUUUAUACAAAUAUGGACAGAUCAGUGUAAAUAAUAAUUAGUCUUGGAUUUUUUUUAUAUGGGAAUAGUGUUGCUCAGAAAUUGAAGUGUUGUAACUGUUGCGACAUUUAUAAAAUGUUGCUAUAGUUUUAUAGUAAUGUUAUUUCUGUGAUGUUUAAAUGUCGUUCAGAAUAAACAUACAAUGCUAGCUGUUUAAUAAAAUGCUUCACCUUAUAACAAAUAUAAUUAGACUACUUGGUUUCUGUAUUAAAUUUGAUUUUAAGGUGUGAAUUUACAUUGAAAAAGUGCUUUUUUAUUGUUUUUGAAUGAGUAAUAUAUUGCUGUUCAUAAGUACUUAGAUGUAGACAUACAAAUGUGUAAUGGAAUCAAAUAGUUUAAUUAUAUUGAUAUGAGUGAUUUUUAAAAUAGUAAACAGUGUAAAUAUUUACCUACAUGUCCAAUGCAUGUAUCACUACAAUUACAAUUUUGUUCAGUAUUUUUUACAUUUUAACUCAAUAAUUAUUUUUAAAUUUUUAAUAAAAAUGUA